AUGUCAACCACAACCACAACAACCCAAACCAACACUCUCUCCAUCCUCUCCGACUACGAAGUCCACCAUACCGGCGAGACACACCCUCCCCAAUCUCCCAGCACCUCUACCUCUACACCCACAUCUCAACCGGUGGAUUGGCCCUCCGACUACAGACGAGUACCUCCAUAUCGGCCUGCCAACCGGAAUCUAGACUAUAAUGAGCGAGCAGCAGGGAGCAGCCCGGCAGAGUAUGUGUUUAUCCAGUCCAUGUUGCAUGGGGUGUGGUUGAAUGCGGCUGUUUCGCGUCUUUGGAUAUCCACAGGUGGGAGGAUCAAUGAUAAGAUCUUUCAUUAUGAAAUUGGAGGGGAGUGGUAA